AUGCCCCUAUUCUACCUGCAUUCCUAUUAUUUCGGAACUUCAAUGGGACCAUCUGAUACAGUAUCUAGUAUUAUAUCAAGCCAUCAAGUGAUAGCACCACUGGCUGAGAUACCCAGGUCAGAGACUUCAGUGGAAGAGUCUGAAGCUUCGGAAUUCGAAGUAGUUCAAGAAGCAGUGGAUUCAGAUGAACACUACUCUUCUGAAGAGGAAUUAGAGGAUUCUGGAGUUGAUGACGUGCAAUGGAGAUCAGAAAUGAGAGAAGAAGUCGAGAAGAAGGAAAAGAAGGCAAAAAUCAGAAUUCUCAAAAUCCUUGCUCUUCACGUUUUGCUCAUCGCCGCUCUUACUUCCAAUGAAUGGGAUUUUCAUGUCAAAAAUUGUGCAAAAUCGAUGAAAUUCAUGGAAAAAUCGAAAAAGAUCGUUAUAGGCAUCGGAAUCUAUUUUAAGCCCCCUCUCUCCCGCAUCGCUUUCCAACAACUUCAACACGAGCUCAACAAGGAUGGCGACGUUUUUCUAGAAGCCUUGAAAAUCGGCUCAGCGUUGAAGAAGUUCAAUCAGCUGGAUUUCCAUGAGCAACUAUGCAAUAAGCCUUGGACUCCUCUUCCAUCGAAAUUCGAAGGCGUUCAGGAGUAUCUCGAAUUCAUUGGGAGGAAUGGAACGGCUUAUGAAGAAGUGAUGUACCUCAGUACACUGGAAUUCGCCUCUAGCUUCCGACCCGCCACCUUCUUUCGGAUGACGCAUUCAUCGGGAGGAGGAUUCUGGAAGAAUGAGUUGGUCCAAGCUUCGUUCGAUCAUAGCGGAGAAGGAAGUACAUGCAGUAUUGAAAAUGGUCUAUUGACUGUGAGGCAAUUCUAUGAAGGACCAUCGGGAGAACAGAAGAAGCAGUACACAAGAAUCUAUUAUCUGAAAACUAGUGAUUUGAUUCGCUCCGUUGACUCAUUAUCUUAUUAA